CAGCUUAAGAUGGUGACUCCGGAACAAGUCGUUUUGUCUGAAAGCAUGCAGGUCGGGCAACGGCAUCUGCAAGAUCUGGGUUAUAGUCAGGCAGCUGAGGCGGAGAACGCAGACGAAGCACAUCUCUCCGUCGAGCAGCAGUUAGCUCCGUGGAUCACUACGAAGAAUUUUUUGUUUGCAACUCAAGCUAAAGCCAUGUUAAGGCUGCAUGGAGAGGGGGACCCAACCGGAAGGGGAGAAGCCUUCAGUUUCAUCCGGGUUUCAAUGAAGGACAUCUUUGUCAAGGCCGGUGAAGACUAUGAACAAAAGCUUGCGGAAGCGGAGGCACGCCCUAAAUCCGCCCACAGAUAUAAUGUGGCCGAACAGCAACUGAUCUAUAAGUCUGAGAUUGAGCGGAUAUGGAGAGCACAGCACGACUCACUUAGUCGUCGCGACGAGCCGCAGCUGACCGAUGAAGAUGAAAAGCGCGAGGCAGCUCUCGAUCAGCAGUACCCAGGCAUGUCAGCCGUGUCCCCCAAACAAGCCGGACCGUCUGCGGCCCCCUCGCCAGCAUACAGCCGUGGGUCAUCUGUGGAUAGAGAUCGAGAAAUGAGCUACGGACCUGAAGGCGCGAAGCGGGUACUACGUAUCAAACGUUUGGUGGAUGGACAUUGGCAAACAGAAAUCGUCCGGGACCCGGCAGUAAUCAGUGCCUAUGUCCGCAGGCGGCAGAUUAUUGAAGAGGAGACUACCUUAGCCGACGCUCUUGCACCGACCGGUGAUGCGGAAAAAGAUGCAAGAGCUAAGAAGAGGCUUGAGGAAGAGAUCAUGCGGAUGAAGAAAAAUCAAGAGCGGCGACUUCAUCGGAAAAAUGCGAAGAUUGCGAAAGAAGGAGGUACGCCAUUGCUGCUCAAUAGGCCUGUCAAGCCAGAUACGACGAGACGCUGCGGUCAUUGCGGUCAAAUGGGUCAUAUGAAAACCAACAGGAAGUGCCCUCGCUGGGCCGAGUUUAACUCUGGGGCUCCUCCUGCGACCCCUUCGGCGACUAGUCCCCCUGCCGGCUCCCCUCCUACCCCUAGUCUUGGCAACCUAGGGUUCAGCAAGAGCUCAGACUCCGUGUUCUCACCCACAUUAGGUCCGUCGUCUCGUCCCGGGACUUCCUUCGGAUUCCCAGUCGCCGUACCUUCACCACUUGCUACGAGCCCACCGCUGUCCGCGGUGAAUGACUCUGACCUUCCACCCCCGACGACUGGGGGAGGGUCUGCACCAAAAAUAAAACUGACCCUCAAGAAG